CCCCUCAGUGUAGUAUGGCCUCUGGUGAGGCAAUUUGAUAACCCUCAAAGGUACAAACACUUCAUCAAGAGCUGCAACAUCAAGAAAGGUGAUGGACGUGUUGGCAGCAUCAGAGAGGUCACUGUGAUCUCAGGACUUCCGGCAUCGACGAGCACGGAGAAACUAGAGAUUCUAGAUGAUGAGAAGCACAUAUUGAGCUUUAGUGUGGUGGGUGGUGAGCAUAGGCUGAAGAGUUAUAGAUCAGUUACUUCAGUUAAUGAGUUUCACAAGGGUGGAAAGGUUUAUACUAUUGUUUUGGAGUCUUAUGUUGUUGAAAUUCCUCAAGGGAAUACAGGAGAGGAUACCAAAAUGUUUGUUGAUACUGUGGUCAAGUUGAACCUGCAAAAGCUUGCCAUUAUUGCUACAUCUUCUCUGCAUGGAGGCCAUGAUAGUUCCAGAUGAGAGCAGUUUUGGACCCAAAUCACUGGCAGCAAAAGGGAAAUAUUGGGUGGGUUUUUGUGUUUUUGGUUUUGAAAUCUUUCUUAUUAGUGGUUAUAGUUUUAGAAUUAGGUGAAGAAAGCAGCUUUGAUUUAUUGGGUGUUUGAGUACAAGUUUUAGUAGUUUGAAUGAAUGCUUUUGCUUAGUUACAAUCUUAGCUCUUAGGGUAAUGAUUCGAGUAUUUUUUUUUAGCUUUAUUUCUCUUUUAA